CAGGAGGGAGAAUCGAUGGGGGGAGCGAUUAAUGUGGAGGAGGGGGGUGAAGUAAGUCCACAUACAUAUAAAAGCUGGGUCACAAACAAUGUCAAGUCCUCUCAGCCAGAGAAAGAUCCGGAGGAAAUUAAAAAGACAAAUCAAGCAAGAACCGCUAAACCUCCGCACUUUCCUAACGUUCCUACAGACAGGAUGAAGGCUGCCCUACAAUGUGUCACACUGAGUGUCAUUCUUGCACUCUGCAUCUGCUACGAAUCCCAGGAGAGUGACGAAUCUUUUGAAGAUUUUUUCGUCAACCCAUCCAGGGCCAACUCCUUCCUACACAAUCAGGAAAGAAGCCCAAGCAGCAAUUACGACAACUAUCGAUAUGGAAGGGUAGUGAAAUCCCAAGCAGAGCGACAAACGGAGAUCUGUGAGGACUACUCCCCCUGUCGUGUCUAUGCCUACCGCAACGGUUACAAGCAGGCCUAUCAGAAAUAUUUUUCCAACCGGAAUUCCGGCAAUAGCCGAUACUAAAUGACACGGAAAAACGGGACCUAAAGAAUCAAAGAGCCAUUGCUUGUAUUUGUAUUGCAUUUUUUUCCGAUCCUUUGCUGUAUUCAUUCCUACGCUAGUUCAUUAUCCCUACUGAACUCGCAACAUAAGCUCUAUUCGAAUUUGCAUUGUUGUGAACUUAUAUAAUCUCAUAGGCAUCUGAACUUGAUAUAUUCAGACAAACGUAUAAGAGUAAAGACAGGUUUUCCUUUUUGGCAUCUCUCAGAAAGCUAUGCAAUCAUUUGCACAAAGAACAGGCCUAUGAAUGUAUGCAAACGUGUGUAUUUUCUUGGUUCUGAUGCAUGCUAAAAGACAUAAAAUGGAAAAAUGCAAUGCAUUUUUUUGUUUCAUACCAUGCUAUUUUAUUCAUAUACAUUACAAAUGAACACUAAAAAUGUUCCAAUAAAGUGCACUUCCUAGGAAAAUCUUAAAAAUCUCUAAAAUGCAAUAUGAAGUUCUUGCCUACACUGUUUCCUGCUCCAAUAUUGUAAUUUCUCAGUUAUAAGCAAUACCUUAUGGCAUACUAUAGAUGCUCUAUGUUUUAUGCAACAGAGAAUAACAGUAAUGUAUGUGACACCUAUGGAUACCCCCAGAACAAGUCCAGGUGAAGGAUUGUCUGCUCUCUCAAACACAAUAAAGCAAAGAAACUGCAUGCAGUUCUUUGGA